AUGCUGCAGGACAGCAAAGCAUCCAAGCAUAAUGCAAUGCUGGGCAAAAAGGUCGCCCAUCCCAAGUCCACCAAAUUCGAGGACGACGACCACGAAGAUGACUUUCAAUCACCGCCGGCGAAGAGGCAGAAACGCGAUCUGACAGACUUCGUCAAGAAGAGUCCUAGAGGUUCGAAGAUCCGCAGAGAGGAGAUUCCAGACACCGAGGAGGAUAGCGAUAAUGAAACCUUUGAGCUGGACUCCCGACCGCAUCAAACAGACCUCGAGACUGCCCUACCGCCCAUCGAGACGGACAAAGAAGCCAUCGAGGCUUAUGAGGCGUCUCGCGCUGCUGAACAGGCCGAGUCAGGCUUGCAAGAUCGUCUUGGAGAGCGGAAAUGGGUCAAAGGGAAGAGCUCGAUAUAUGUCGACGCCUUUAACCUUGCGCUGGAAACAGUGCUCGAGGAUGAGGGUCACCUCUUCGAUGAGGCGGAGCAUUUCGUCUUCAAAGAGUGGCGAGAGCUCAGCUACGAGGCUCAAUAUUUGUACGUGAGGCUCUUCUUGCGCAAGACAUCCAGUUGGCAUAGGAUCAAUCGUCUUGGAUACCACAGCGACAUUGCGGAUUUGCAGAACGCAGUGGACGACCUCCAGGUCGUGAAAGAGCUGCCACAAUCGUCUUCGCAACCCCAGGAUAAUCCAGGUGAGCUUCAGCCUCCCGAAGGCACCACGCUGGGAGACAGCUUCGCGUUUGCGGAUCGAUCCCAGGACUGCAUCAAGGAUCUGGAAGAGGCCUCGUCGCUGCUCUUGCUUGAUGAAUUGAAAGUCCUCGCGAAAGAUGCCAAAGUGCAAGGCAAGAACAAGAAGGAUCUUCUCCGUGCCUUCAGGAAGACGAGUGGACAGCAGACUGCCCUGUCAGGCUUCACCAGUCUGAAGCGAUCCGAUACCGAGGAGACAACAGCAUCCUACGAUUCGGGUCCAGCAGAUAGCGAUGGCCGAGAUGGUACACCGACCAGGCGAGAGAAUCGCGAUGCACACUUCGUGGACAAGAUCCUGGCCGAGACUGGUCCUUGUAUCCGGCUUUCGCUGCCAACGUUGAAGCUGUUCGAGCGUGUGCAUCUCGUCUUCUAUCGUUCCACAGAAUGGACUGAGAAGUCCUUGACUACGAUCAUCCUCGCCCGAAUCGCUAGGCGUAACUUUCCGGAAUAUAUCGUUUCUCGUUCGGCGAAUAUCUUUCCGUCCCGCUCUCUGCUGCUCGAGUUUGAGGCUGCUGUCAGGACGCAGUUCCGAGUCGACAAUGUCCUGGAAUUCAAUGGCACACCCACAAAGGACACUCUCCAGACGGUUCUGGAUAUCUUCGAGGAGGUCCAUCCACGUUGGCGAGCCCUCCUGGCUGAAGAGCAAAAGAAGGAGGACAGCAUCUACAGCACAGGCGAAGGUGCAUAUCUCCGACGGCUCUCGCCUGCCUGGGUAUAUACACGCAUCGUUCACAAGGCUGCGUACGUGCUGGGCAAGUUCAAAGAGCACAAGCGAGAGCAUGAAGUCCUUUGCGAGUUGCUUGCUCAGCGUCUGUUUCACACGUCCAGGAGAGGUGACUGGUAUCAACGCAAGGCCCUGCUGGAAGAGCACUAUAUGCAUCUCCAUCUGCCUUCUCCGCCGGCAUGCAAGGACGUCGAGUCGAAGAAGCGGCAUUAUAAGCAGGUAGCUUUGAGUACCUGCGAAGAAGGCCUGCAAGAUCAACUCACGCAUCUCAUCUUCCAUCGAGAUCUGCAGAAGAGAACGACCAAGCUGGAGAAGUCUCUCAAGAUUGCGAAACGCCUGCAGCACGACUUCGAUCAUGUGCGUCUGACCAAGGCUGAGGAGCGCUCCUUUGAAGGCAUACGUAUCGAACGUGCUCCAAAAGAAGGCCGGCGCAAUAGCGAACAGAACUCCAAGCCCACAGGCUAUCGUGGGACGAAGACGAUCUGGCUGGACCCAGCUCUGGAAGCCGAGUGCAGCGUAGAAGAAAUGUGUCUCUCCUCUUACCGUGCUCUGGGUUGGAAAGGCUACCACAGCGAAGGUCGCAUCCUCCGAACAUUGUUCGCCUACCUCUUCUACGAUGUGCUCUUCCUCUAUAUCCCCAAUGUCUUCCAGACGGCCUACCAGACUUGUCCUCUCGAUCUUCACACCGACGCCUUCUAUCCUUCCCGCAUCAGCGAGGUACAUGCCCGUCUGAACGAGAUCAGCAACGGCGCCGCUCGCCGUCUCAUCUCCGAGACGUGGAAUACGCACGAGGAGCGGAAGACUUGUGUUGUAGGUCUGGACUGGACGUAUGCUCUUGAAGAUCUUCUUGAGAUUGCCGAGUGUUUCCCGCCUGCGGCGCUGAGCACGGUCAUGAAGACGCUGGUGCAGGAGUAUGGCCAGAGAGGUGGUGGCGUGCCUGAUCUCUUCCUGUGGCGUGGAGGGAGGAUCGAAGGCGAGGGCGGAGAUGUCAUGUUCGCGGAGGUCAAGAGCGUCAAUGAUCGACUGAGCGACACGCAGCGCAUGUGGAUCGAUGUGCUGUCCGGUGCUGGUGUGAAGGUGGAGCUCUGCCAUGCUGUUGCGAAGGAGGUCCAGGUGCGAGGAUAG